AGAGAUGGUCACUUUGGACCUACAAAUUCUUACUUCCCCUACACCAUCAGUCAGCUCGCCUUCAGUCCUUCCUUGCUCCAGUGCAUCAAGUGGACUCUCAAAUCAAGAAUCUAGCAGCUCAGAAGACUGCGGUCCAUCCUCCCAAAUCAAAAAGGCAUGGCCAGAGACAUUUCAGAUUCCGUGGACUGCAAUGCCUAUGGACAUUCGUUCAGCAGUGGCUGAUGGCAAGAGACCUUCACCAGCAGCACGGCGACAAAUGGUCAGAGUUUUGGCAGAUGAGAUGAGGAAAUAUGAGCUAAACCCAACACGUGGACAAUGUGUCACAGUAUGCCGAAAUAUCAUCCGCCAGUAUCCUCAAAGUUUUGCUGAUCUCCGUGACAAUGGUCAGGUACUAGGAAAUGGUUAUACCUCACUGUUAAUUCAAAUUAAAAACCGAAUUGAAAAUCUGAACCGCACCACCAGCUUUCGCCAACACCGUUCAUCUGGUGAUGGACUGAAGAGAGGGCCUACUGAUACAUAUGGCUGCACCAGAUUCCAGCCUGAUCUCCCACCAGAGGAGACAGAUGAAAGUGUAGAGCAGAAGCGUCAGCGGCUGGAGGAGAUAUACCGUCGAGAUGGAAUAAAUGGGGUUGAAAAAGCAGAAGUUAGGCAACUUAUGGAAACAACCUUUUGCCUCCAGCGGCAGCAAAUAAACAUAUUACCAUCACCCACCAUCGCUGAUAUAAGAAAGCAGUGGCCAUACCUUUUCACUCAGAAAGGGCUUUAUGCUCAUUUUGAACUUCUGACUGAUAUCAAAGUUAUGCGUGCACUUGAGCUUGCCAUGGAAGAGUGUGGAAGAGCCAUUGUGGAGUUCUUCAGCAGCAAACCCACCAAUGCAGAUGUCAGGACUGUCAUUUCUCUGCGGCCAGACCUCGAGCUUUCCUUCUGCAUCAUCCAACUUCUCAUGGCUCACUUCUCUGAGACUCAGGAAGGGCUGAUACUUUUUGCAAAUGCAUCUUCCACUGCAGCUGAUGUAGAAAGGACACUUGAACUACCUUCAACUCCUCGACUGAUACUCUUUGGUGAAAAACCAGGAAGCUGCAUUCAUAAAUGGAUGAUUAGUUUUGAGGGGCAAAUAAUCUGUGAGGGCAUCCAGCCAAGUUUUUUGUCUGGACUUGCUGCUGUGUUUUCAACUUUCUACAAUUUCAAUGUGGAGUACCAAGCUGAGGCUGCAUCCACGUUGGAAUUCAUUCAGAGGCGCUUCAUUGGAAUAAAUCCUGAAAAAGGCACCAAGGGUGGACAAGUCCUAUCAAAGCGGACAGGGAAGGUCGGCCACAGAAAAAAAUCUGUCAACACUCGGGUUGCCAGUCUACUUAAGAAACUAAUGGACUUUGAGUGGGACUUCAUAUAAGUGAACUUACUCAUCCACUGACAUACCACACA